AACCUCCUGGUGAUGUACCUUUGGAAAGAGUGGUUUUGGGUCCAAAGAUCAGUGCUGGGACGGCGACCUGCCCGCUGCAAACAAGACCCUGCAGAGUAUAAAACCCCAGUGGCACAGUGGAGUAUGGGACAGCCAGAGCCACGCCGAGGGCAGCGGCAGCAGGGCAGGAUGGAGGCCAUCAUGAACCUCCUGCACGACGCGGGCAUCCGGACAACGCACUGGCUGCAGCAGCGCUUCCAGGGCUCCCAGGACUGGUUCCUCUUCAUCUCUUAUGCCGCUGAUCUCAGGAAUGCUUUUUUUGUCCUCUUCCCCAUCUGGUUCCACUUCAGUGAAGCGGUGGGCAUCAGGCUCAUCUGGGUGGCUGUAAUCGGAGACUGGCUCAACCUCGUCUUCAAGUGGAUCCUCUUUGGGGAAAGACCAUACUGGUGGGUCCUUGACACGGACUAUUACGGCAACAACUCUGCACCAGAGAUCCAGCAGUUCCCGCUCACCUGUGAGACUGGCCCUGGAAGCCCAUCUGGCCAUGCCAUGGGUGCAGCAGGCGUGUACUACGUCAUGGUGACGGCCCUCCUCUCUGCUGCUGAGGGAAAGAAGCAGUCAAGGACACUCAGAUACUGGGUGCUGUGGACAGUGCUUUGGAUGGGGUUCUGGGCAGUUCAGGGCUGCGUCUGCGUGUCCCGAGUCUUCAUUGCUGCUCACUUCCCCCACCAGGUGAUUGCAGGGGUUUUCUCAGGGAUGGCCGUGGCCAAGACCUUCCAUCAUGUCCGCUGCAUCUACAAUGCCAGCUUCCGUCGGUACCUGGGCAUCACCUUGUUCCUCUUCAGCUUCACCCUGGGUUUCUACCUGCUGCUCUGGACGUUCGGCGUGGACCUGCUCUGGACGCUGGAGAAGGCGCAGAAGUGGUGCAGCCACCCUGAGUGGGUCCACAUUGACACCACUCCCUUUGCCAGCCUCCUCCGUAACCUGGGCAUCCUCUUCGGGCUGGGGCUGGCCCUCAACUCCCACAUGUACCAGGAGAGCUGCCAGUUAAAGCAGGGCCAGCAGCUGCCCUUCCGCCUGGGCUGCAUCGCUGUCUCCCUCCUCAUCCUCCACAUCUUCGAUGCCUUCAAGCCACCCUCCCACAUGCAGCUGCUCUUCUACGCCCUCUCCUUCUGCAAGAGUGCAGCUGUGCCGCUGGCUACUGUCAGCCUCAUCCCCUACUGCCUCUCCCAGCUCUUGGCCACGCAGGACAAAAAGGCUGCCUAAGGCAGGCAGACACCCCGGCCCUGGGCUCAGGGGCAGCUACCAGGCCCUGGGUGCGCCUCAGCCACUGUUUGCUUCCCGCUGAAUCCGCACAGGCUGACCCUGCCCUGGGAGCGGGCCAUGGAGGCCAGGCCAGUGGUGCUGGGUGGCUCCCAUAACACGGACCCACGGUGUCAGUCACGCCGGUCUGUGGCUGGCUGAGGGCACGGAGAGCCCUGCAUGCCCACGACUCCCCUGCUGUCCCUCCCGCACCCACAGGUGGGGAUCACCUGCCCAGGACUCAGCAGCAGCAGCAGCGGGAGGUCCUGCACUCCCUUGCAGCUCGUGGGGACAAUGCCACCUCCGCACUGCAGGACCGGGGAUGGCACCAGUCCCACUGGGGACUGGGAGAAGGGUUUUCACCUCUGGCUGUCUGGGGUCUGCUGAAGAGGCAGCUCUGUGACAGGAAUGGGCAGACACUGUGACAUGGAGAUAAAGUGCCAGUGUGGGGACCCCCCCAGCCCUGGGACGGUCGGUAUUCGCCCCUGUGUGACGCGGCGUGGGGGGCACGGACGCCCAUGUGUGUACAAACUGAACCUGUAUCUCUGCACACAUGACAGGGGGGUGUGCUUGUGCACAGGAGGUAUUUUAUUAAAGCUGAAGGUUGUUGA